CACCGGUGGCUGUCCGGUGUUUUCCUUCCGCUCUUUCUUAAACCGCCCUCUUCUCCCCCUCUCGUGUGCGUGAAAAGUGCCUGCAGGAAUUGACGCGGGCUUGCUGAACCACCAUGGCCCCUCACGAUGAGAUCGACGCUAUUGAGACGCAGCGCGUCGAGUACAAUGCGCCCAUGAACGAGAAGGAGGAGGUCACGGACGAGCAUGUUGAGCUGCACCGUGACCUCAAGGCUCGCCAUAUUAGUAUGAUUGCCAUUGGAGGCGCUAUUGGAACCGGUUUGAUUAUUGGCACAGGCAAGGCGUUAACCGCAGGACCCGGGUCUCUGUUUAUCGCCUACACCUUCAUGGGCCUCAUCGUGUGGACGGUGAUGUGUGGCUUGGGUGAAAUGGCUGCAUGGCUUCCCCUCUCCAGUGGGUUUACGGGAUAUGCUGGUCGAUUCUGCGACCCCGCGCUGGGAUUCACUCUGGGUUGGUGCUACUACAUCAAAUACAUCAUUCUCCCCCCAACACAGUUGACUGCGGCUGCGCUGGUCAUCACGUACUGGCCGCGCACAUCCGCCGAGAACGUCAAUCCGGGAGUAUGGAUUGCCAUCUUUAUGGUGACCAUUAUCGUGAUCAACUACUUUGGCGUCAGGAUUUUCGGUGAAAUGGAAUUCUGGCUGUCCGCGUUCAAGGUGAUUGUCAUGAUCGGAAUCAUCCUGUGCUCGCUGGUCCUCGCCCUCGGGGGUGGUCCUGAUCACGAUCGCAAGGGCUUUCGCUACUGGAACGACCCUGGCGCAUUUGCACCCAAGUACUCAGAGGGCUCGCUGGGUAAAUUCUUGGCUUUCUGGUCCACCAUGGUCUCUGCGACGUUCGCAUAUCUCGGUACUGAGCUUAUCGGUGUAACCGUUGGCGAAGCGCAAAACCCUCGCAAGACGAUCCCCAAGGCGAUCAAGCUGACCUUUUGGCGUAUCAUCGUCUUCUAUGUUCUCAGUGUUCUCCUUGUGGGUAUGCUCGUUCCAUACAACUCCGAAGACUUGGCCUUUGCCACCAAGGCAUCCAGCUCUGCCGCAGCCUCUCCAUUUGUCGCAGCCAUGAAGAACAUUCCCGGCCUGCCGCACAUUAUCAACGCCUGCAUUCUGGUCUUUGUCUUCUCCGCCGCCAACUCGGAUCUGUACAUUGCGACCAGAACGCUCUAUGGUCUCGCCCGCGAGCACAAGGCACCGAGGAUUUUUGCAAAGACCAACAACGCUGGAAUUCCCAUCUAUUCACUGGGCUUCUCGUCCUUGUUUUGCUGUCUCGCAUUCACUAGUGUAUCCGAGGGCUCCAAGGAUGUGUUUGGAUACUUUACUGAUGUUGUCUCCAUUGUUGGAUUGCUCACCUGGAUCUCGCUGCUCAUCUGUCACAUCUGCUUCAUCCGCGCCCGCAAAGCCCAGGGCGUCCCCGACGAGUCCGUCCCCUACAAAGCCCCGCUCGGCAUGAUCGGCUCAUACAUCGCCCUCUUCUUCUGCAUCCUGAUCGCCUUCACGCGCAGCUUCAGCGUCUUCAUCCACGACUCGUCGUCAUACGGCAACUUUGACUACAAGACCUUCAUCACCGCGUAUCUCGGCAUCCCUGUGUACGUGACUGCGUUCUUCGCCUGGAAAUUUGUGAAAAAGACCGAGUUGGUCAAGCCUCACAACGCGGAUAUCUGGACGGGCAAGGCGGCGAUUGAUCGCGAAGAGGCCGAGUUUGUUGCUCGGAAGCAGCAGGAGGAUUUGCAUGCCACUGGCUGGAGCAAGUUCUAUAACCGUUAUGUGUCGUGGUUGUUCUAGUUUCAUACUGCUGGUUGAUAGAUUUGGUUCGAUAGCAUUAGAAGACGAAAGACAGAGGCGACUUCACUAUGCAUUUGUUGAUAGUCUAGCCCUAUUCGUAGCAAACAUCCCUCCCGAGAGAUAUAUAAGCUUGCGGCACAGCACGUGGAUAUGGCAGGUGUGUACUAAAUACCCAGACCAGAACCUCUUAUUAGAUAUUGCUCCAUCAACGACAUCAAUACUCUCCUUAUUACUUAUUGUAUGGACCUUGCAAAGAGGGUAGUCGUUGGCUGAGAGG